AUGUCCAGAAAUCCGUGGAAGAAACUGCGCGACCUCUGGCGGCCCGUCAUCGAACGUCUCCCCUCGAACCGGUCCAACGCUUCCCAUCUGCCUCCGUCGCAGAAUGGGUCGACCCAGGAAGGAUGGCGUCCGUUCGCCCUGCGCCCCGUCUACCUCUCGAUCGUGGCCGCCGUCAUGCUCCUCAUGUUCGUCACCAUCGAGACCCUCCGUCGAUACACCGACCAGUACGGAGGCCUCGUCUUGAUGCAGGCGACCGACGACGUCUCCAGCGUCCAGUCCUUCGCCUAUAACUACGUCCCCAUCAUCAUCGCCUUGGUCCUGGUGAUCAUGUGGUCCUUUAUCGAUUUCGACGUCCUCCGCCUUGAGCCCUACUUCCAGCUCUCCCGGCCCGAAGGCGCCCCCGCCUCCGUGCUGUUCAUCAACUACAAUUUCGGCCAGACCGUCAUCACGCCCCUUACCUCGGCCAAACGCGGCCAUUGGGUCGUCCUGCUGGUCUCCUGUCUCAGUCUGCUCGUCCGCAUGAUCCUGCCGGCCCUACAGAGUACCCUGCUGGAGUUGCGCGAGGUCACCGUCAUCACCGACCAGGACAUGAAAACGUGGCCCACACUCGUCGAUCUGAACACCCAGGCCCGCUGGAUCUCGAGUCAGGAAGAUAUCGGCUUCGACGCCGCGACUGACGUGGGCGACGACGAUACCGGCGGCGUGCGGAGGGGUCGAUCGUCCCAUUACGCCGUGGCCCCGGUGGAGAUCCCCCGCGAGGAUCGCCGCGAGACGACCGUCUGGACGGUCAACCAGACCGUGUACUGGGUGGAGUCCGUCUGCCACGACAUCUUGACCAACGACAGCCUGACGGUCGCUAUCAACCAAACGGAUCCCGAAUUCCCGCGGGUCCAAUGGAACGUGACCGGCGUCCAACUGGAACACAUGGAUGCCGCCCCGCGCGAUUGCACCUUGGACUUCAGCUACGACAGCAUCUUUUUUCCAUCCACUGACUUCCUGCAGAUCCGCUACUGGGAGCCCGUCCAGGCAAACCGGUCCCUGGUCGCGGAGGACGAACGAAGAGCCUUCACGGCCCGCGGCUGCAAUCCGUUCGACCUAUACGGCGUGCUGAUCUCCGUCAAUGCCACCGAGGGCGAUGCCGACGCCAUCGCUCACCUGGGUGCGCAGUAUACCUCCUCCGCGACCAUGUUCGCCUGCUCCGUGGAUUACCGUCAAGCCAAGGCCGCCGUGUCCAUGCACGCCAACAGCUCCAUCACCGGCAUCGAGGUCUACAACGGGACCGUCCGCUCGUUGAACCGCACCGAGUUCAACUUGGAUGAGUUCCAAGGACUCUUGGCCCAGCGCGCACCCUACACGAGCGACAUGAUCUUCAUGCAGUACAACCGGACCAUGGGCGACCGAACGAUCACCGAACUCCCCGUCGUGAGCCAGGAUAUGGGGGAUUUUGACCCCGUCCUCGUCCUCGACACGUCUACCGUGAUGGGCCAGGAUGAGUUCAAAGACAAAGUGCUGAGGGGGGCGCGACAGACGUUUCUGACGACGAUGAGCCGUCUGUUUAACCCCGACGUGCCUCCCGUCGUGGUGCCGGCCCUGCGACUGACACGGCAGGUGGCCAUCGCCGUGGUCGACUUUGCCGCGAUGGGCUCCGAAAUCAUCCUGGCCCUGGGCGUCCUCAUGACGCUGACCAUGGUCUACUUCUACCGCACCCGCGACAAUAUCAUGCAGGGCGAUCCGGGUUCGAUCGGCGCCAUGUGCAGCAUGGUGACCGACAUCUUCAGCCCGACCAACAUCCUCGGCGACCCCGCGUCCGACUUUCACCAAUUCUCGACCCGACAGCUGCGCAUGCACCUGCGCAAUUACCGACUCUACUGGCACCACGGGCCCAUGGGACGAAGGGUAGACCUUGUGACGACGGAUGGCUCCCCCGUCAGCUUUGGUGAUCAAAUCCGGACUCGCUUCGACCCUCGACCACAUUUCCUUGUCAUCCCCAUCUUCAUCGUCGAAUUUCUCCUCCUCGCCGCCGUCAUUACCGUCAUGUCCCUCAUUAUCGCGUCGCUGGCCCACGAGGGCAGCCUCCAGCACCUAACUCAAUCGGACUCCAGUUUCUUCCAGGUCGUACUGUCCUUCCUGCCGUCCGUGGUGGCGUCGGCGGUCGGUGCGCUCUGCAACUCCAUUCACCGGAACAUCAGUAUCCUGGAGCCGUGGGUGCACUUGCAGCGCGGCAAGGCCUCGGCCAAGUCGUCCCUUUCGAUGAACUACGCCGCGCAGAAUCCGUGGGCCGUGCUUGUCAAAACCAUCCGAGACCGCAAUCUUCUGUUGGGUCUCGUUUCCCUGGCCUGCGCCGCCAACACGAUCCUCACGGUAGUGGCAGGCGGGCUCUUCGAACAGCAACUGACCACGUCCUACCUACCCACCAACAACCUGCUCACCAACUACAGCCAGUCCGUCUUCCGUCAGACCGACUUUGCUGCCGACUUCACUGAGUACGAUCUGAUCCAGACCAGUAUCACGAGCGGCGUGCCGAUGCUGCCGUGGACGGUCGCCAAUUACUCGUUCGUUCCUCUCAAGGUCAACAACCCCGACCCCGACGCCAUGUAUGGGGCGAGGACCCUGGGCGUCGGCGCGGAGCUGGAAUGCCGACAGCUCUCCGUGGCCAACGACCUGGUGACCGACCCGGCGACGGGGUCCCGGGCCUGGCAGUAUCAGCCGUUCCACAAUGCCAGCCGCCAAUGCGUGGCCGCCAUGGACCCGCUCACCAAGAACACCAAGGAUGUGGCACUCGCCAUCCACUUCCUCUCCCCGGUGCCCGAAGACGAUCGCGACCGGGACGAGUGCCAGUUGACGACGACGGUGAUCGUCGGACGAUGGAAUUACACGGCGCACGCGCCCCCGACUGACUCGAAUACGAUCGCGCUGCAGUGUGAGCCGCGCAUGCGCAUGAAACAGUUCGAUCUGACCUUCGAUCAGAAGGGUCACAUCCAAGACCAUGAUCCGGUCAACGACAGCGCCAUCACGGAUGGAUCCAUGUUCGACAACGCCACCGUCAGUCUGGGGCAGUUCAACAAGGUGUUUGCGGCCAUCCCGCAGAGUUUUGUCGGUGAGGAUCCGGACGCGCACGAGGGGUUUGUCUCGUCAUACGAUUGGGCCGGUUUUCUGGUGGCACGGUUGUACAAACAGCGGGAGUCGGCGUUGACGCCCCUGGUGGCCGACGAUCUGAUGUUCAUGUCGCAGACGGUCUACCAGUGGGUCUACAGCACGUACUUCUCGCUCUGGCGCCGGAACUACCUCCAGCCGCUGGCCAAUCCGCCCGUGGCGGACAAUGCCACGCUGAUCUAUAACACCUGGGCGAUGGUGCCGUCGGUGCCGUCCUUGGCGAUCGCGCUGCUGAUCAUCGCGCUGGACACGCUGGUCGUGCUGGUGGUGUUUGGCACGCGCCGGGGCCGGUUCCAGGGGCCGCGCAUUCCGCGCUCGAUCGGGGCAGUGAUCCCGUGGGUGGCCAACAGCCGCAUGCGCGACGAUUUGCGUGGCACCAACGGCUGGUCCAGUCGGCGGCGCCGGGAGUAUCUCAACGGGUUGGACAAGCGAUACGGCUUCCGGAUGUUCCUGGGUGCGGACGGGCGCUGGCGUUACGCCGUGGACGAGGAACCCAGUCCCGAGAAGCCACCGGCCGAGCAGGAGCCCCCCGAUGCUGGGAAAACGGGGCCCGUGGAACUGCGUGAGUUGGACGAGUUGGACGAGACGGGACGACGCCUUUCAUGA